AUGAACCUCACACCAAACAUGGACAAUGAGUUACCAUACCAAGUAAUGUUCAGCAGGUCACCAGACCAUUUCAUUUGGCUCCUACAAGUGUUUGGAUGCCUUGCCUGGGUGAAUAUUCCAAAAGUAAAGCAAUAUGACAAAAGGCUAGACCAGCAGGUGGUCCCAGCCAUACUCAUAGGAUACAGCCUAGAGAGAAAGGGAUGGCUGUUCUACAGCCCUAACUAUAGGCUGAACAUCUUCUGGAGCAAUUCAGCAAGGUUCUUAGAGGAUAAAAGCUGGUUGGACCACACUGAAUGGCAACCAAUAGAUAUGGGUCCCCUACCAGCUUUGAAGGAUGAAGAGGAACUGGACAAUCUUGGGUACACAGAGAAGGACCUAUUUGAUGAGAAAGACCAAGAACCACUACAGGAAUACCUUGACAUGGAAACAGCAGCUGGAUUUGACAAGUACGAGAUGCCAUCGACCAGGAAUGGACCACCUCAAGAGGACCACGAAGGCGAAACCAUGGAAGAGGCCAUGGAUAAUGCAACCGACACCGCCUUCGGACUCAAGGCCACAAACAUCAAAGAGGAGAAGAACCUAAACCCUAUGGUUUGGGAAGCAUUGGCCAGAACAGACAAGAGGUUCUGGGUGGAGGUGAUGCAGAAAGAAUUGGAGGGGUUAGAGGCAAUGGGCAUGUGGGAGAUUGCUGACCUCCUGCCUGGCAUGAAUGCCAUUGACACUUGCUGGGUCCUCAAGAUAAAGAUGGAUGCAAACAUGGUGCCCACAAAAUUCAAAGCAAGGCUGGUAGCCAGAGGAUUCAUGCAAAGAGAGGGGGUUGAUUACAUGGAGAUAUUUGUGCCAGUGGCACCAAUCCAAUCCAUCUGA